AUGGAGGACGUCAACAUGGGGGACGCUGGCCCACCAGUCAACGAACAACACUCGCAGCCACAAGGUGCCUCAUCUGAACAAGAACAACACCUUUCAUCUGCACAGACAACUGCACAACAGGGUUCCCAUCCAGACACCGUGCCUGCUGUCGACGCGAUGGCAUCCUCCAACACAACCAACAAUGCAGAGACAGCGAAUGCCGAUGUCGAUGUCGAUCAGAGUCUGAACAGUAGCAAGGACACAGAGACUGCAGUCACUAUUACCUUAGAGUCAGCUCCCGCACCAGAUUCGUCAACAGUGAGCGCCCACACCGGUAUAGCUGACAAGAGCGAGGCGGGUGUCGCUGUUGCUAAUAUCACUACUGCAGUACAGGAGGAUCAAAAGGACGAGGACUCGUCUAUGGAUGUCGAUACUAUCCCCCCUGUUAUCGCACCAUCUACCCUCGUCGAUACAGGAGUGCAGGACCACCCUAUGGAUUCUCAGCCUGCCGAAGAGACCUCCAUAACAUCCACAGACGGAGCAGUCGCAGGCGCACCCGAGACAAAGUCGACUGCAGAGCAAGGAGAGGCAUCGGAGACAAGCACAGCAUCGGCUUUAACAACACCUACGACCACUACCGAUACGGCCAAGGUGGAGGGCAAUGGAGAAGCUGCAUCCGAGACAGUACCCGCCGCCGAUGCAUCCCCUUCAACAUCGGCAUCAACUAAUACAGCAGCUGAAGGAGAGGCAGCAGGUCCAGCUACCACAGGAGAACAACCAGAGACUGCAGAGUCAGAGGUACCGCUGGGACCACCGCCUAAACCGGCCUACGUGCCCCAGUUCAAAUUCACAACCUUUGCACCCAUGACGCCCAUCCCCGUCCGUAACAUCACCAAUACGUUCCAAAAGUCCGACAAGAACUACGUUCUCAAGGAGCUGGCUGCCGGGAAACAGAGACGUCGGAAACGUAAGGCAGAUCAGGCAAGCGACGAGUCAGGCGAGGCAAACUUGGAGGGCGAGGCACAGGAGAAUGGAGCCGACGGGGAAUCGUCGACUCCAGGAGGUGAAGAGUCGGGGGUUCUGAAGAGGAAGCGCGGUGAUGAGUUCUCGACGAUUCGGAAAGGAAUAUUCGCGGACGAGGAUGAUAAUGAGGACGAUGACAAGGAAGAUCAGGACAACGAAGAGAAUGAGUCCAAGGAUGCCAACAAGGAUGAUGAUGAUGACGACGAGGAUGAGUUUAGCAGCGACAGCGACUCAGAGGAGAGUGUCAUGAACGAGAUGGACGAGAACGGAGAGACCAGAUCUUCGGCUGAUAUGGGCAAGAAGGUUAUUGUCAUUCAUCCAGGAUCAAGAUAUCUCAGGAUCGGUCGUGCCUCGGAUGCCUACCCUAUUAUCACACCACAUUGUAUUGCUCGCAGGAUUCGCGUCCCUCCACCUUCGGCAGUCAUCACAAAUGGAUCGGCCAAGGCAGUUUCUGGAUCAGGAGCAGCUGCAGAGUCUCAAGAAGGUGUAGCAUCGGUUGCCACAAGAGAAGAGGCUGCCGAAGAUGACCAGGACAAGGAUGAGGCCAUGGAUGUAGAUGAAGACGACGACGACGAAGAUUCCCUUCACACCCCUGUGCCCGAUGUGGUAAAUGACAGGUUCCUUCAGGAAAUCGAGUACGAUUUGAAGAUGAGGAUGAAGGCCGCUAAGCGCAAGCCCGUCAACAAUGCAAAGACGCAGGUUCGAUCUUUUAAUACAUCCACACGGCCCGAGCGCAUUCUUGACCAUAACGAUCCCUACAAGGUCGAGUGGACUGACCCAGCAGCCGAGGGCGAGUACAUCAUCGGCCAAAAGGCAUUGAAUCUGCCGCAAGGAAAGCACCACAACUUUAAGCUUUUUUGGCCUAUUGUUGGGGGAAAGUUGAACGAGACUGACUAUGCGACCCCGAGGGUGGUAGUCUCGGAUAUGGAGACUAUCUGGACUAAAGUCAUCCAUGAGGAUCUCGGGAUUGAGUCCAAGCAGUUCAGGAAACACUAUGCAUUGCUUGUUAUUCCGGAUCAUUACAGCAAGGUCUACGUGACCGAGCUGAUCGGGAUGCUGCUAAAGUCGAUGCAGUUCCGAGGAGUCAUGGUCCAACAAGAGUCUGUCUGUGCGUCCUUUGGAGCUGGAGUGUCUGCAGCAUGUGUGGUCGAUAUUGGAGCAGAGAUAACUAAGGUUGCCUGCGUUGAGGACGGAAUCUGCAUCCCCAACUCUAGAGCUGUCUUGAAAUAUGGUGGCGAUGACAUUACGCGGUGUUUUGCGGCCCUCGUCAACCGAACUGGGUUCCCAUACCAGGAACUGGAUCUGUCACAGACAUAUGACUGGAGACUUAUGGAAGAGCUGAAGGAGAAGUGGUGUACGAUGAACGAGGCUGAUCUGACGGUUCAGGUCUAUAGCUUCUUUGUGAGGCGACCGGAGAAGCAGACGGAAAAGUAUCAGGUCAAGGUCUACGACGAAGUCGCCCUCUCUCCCAUGUGCUUGUUCUUCCCAGGAGUCAUUCGGAGGUGGAUCGAGGAGCGUGAGACAAAGCCCGCAUUCACGAAGCUCAUCAACCACGAAGAUAUCAACGAUGAAGAUGCGCCACCAAUUGCGCUUAUGAAUCAGACUUCAAAGAAGAGCACGGCUGCGGCUGCGGCUGCAGCUGCUGCAGCAGCAAGGGCGGGAACGCCUUCACUUACAGCACCAGGAGAAGAGAAUGCUCAAACCAGCCAGGCAGCGACACCUAAUGCGACCCCAGCACAGACCCCAGCACCCUCAGCACUUGCGACUGUGUCAACACCAGUGCCAGGAGUCGCUACACCUGUCCCCGCUGCAGUGGCGCCGGCUGUUGCUGUGCCAGUAGAACCACCAAUAAUCCCCUUUGCCAUGGAACCCUCUGUCAGGACGACAGACAAGGCAUGGGAGACGGCUGGAGUGAUUGGCAAGGACCACUUUUCGAGCCUCGUGGCGCUGGAUGUUGUUGUUGCCCAGUGUAUCUCGAACUGUGGUAGCGAGGAGCGGUCCAAGAAGUUGUAUGGAAGUAUCAUCCUUGUCGGUGGAGGCGGUAUGAUCCAAGGAUUUGACCGCGUCUUGGAGGAUCGAUUGUUCCAAGCACUGCCAGCGACAUUGACGACGGUGGAGAAGGUGGAGGUGUUGCCUGCACCGCGCGAGAUGGAUCCUCGAUUGUUGGUGUGGAAGGGCGGUUCAGUCCUUGGCAAGCUGGAUUCUGCCAGGGAGCUGUGGAUCAAGCCAUUGGAGUGGGAGCUUCUGGGACGCAAGGUUCUUCGGGACAAGGCCCUCUUUGUUUGGAGCAGCAAGGACUAG